AUGCAGCUCAAAUCCGUUGAGCCCGGCUCCAUGGGCCGCACGCCCGCUGCUUUCAGCAUGCGUAGCCCGUAUAAGGCGUACAGGAGUCCGUUUGGUCCUCAGUACAAGGUUGCGCCCAACGUGCACGGCAUCACGGCUAGACAUCUCGCAAAGUACGGCACUCUCGCAGCAGGCUUUGGCGGCGUCGCCGGCUUCUUCGCGCUCUUCUUCUUCGCUGAGGUCCCGCGUGUGCGCACCGAUAUCAUGCAGAAGAUUCCUAUCCUGGGCGACUACUUCAUCGUUGAGAUCCCGCCGGAGGACAACCCCUUCUAG